CAGGUUCUUGACGUCACUAAUCUGUAUUACUUUUCACUUGCCAUGAAAACAUAAAAGGUCUAUCAAGCUCCGCUCCACGCUUCACCUUUUAUUUCCCUGUAUUUCCCUAUCAGAUCCCUCAGUAUUAUGGCGAAGGCAUCGGAGGAAGUCGAUACAGUGGCACAGAAACAAGUCCCAUCCCUUCCGCUGCUAAAACAGACAGAUUCAAGCACAUCCCACGCAUUCCAAACGCUCGAUCACGAUGCAGUCACGCCAAAGACACCAGCAGAUGAAGGAAAGGAGUUUUUUCUCAGUGCCCGGAGCGCAGAUGAGCAACCAAUAUGCGUCUAUGAGUUGAAAUUGGAUCCCGAUGGUGGACCCAACAAAGACCGAUCUUAUAUCCGGCUUCCGCCAGCAUAUACUCCAUAUAUAUUGCGCGUCUCUCUUGACGCAGGCACACCAGCUUCAAAGAAUGGCGUAUUCAAGACCAAUUUCCCUUUGGAUGGCGGCGUAUUCGGACGGAACAAGUUUGUCGAGCGCGAGCUUCCUAGCAACUUCUCGAAACCUAUUCAAGUGGAUUUGCCUAUCUCUCAUGCGGGAGCAUUCAAGUAUUGGGUCGAGUACGAUGGUGAAGUUCCUGGAGAACGUGCUAAAGGGAGAGAAGGUUACUUUAAUAUAGAUCCAAUCUUGCGCACCAAAGCGCGAUCCACAAUUCUUUCGCCAGACCUGAAGCCACUGACUCCCGCGCAGGGCGGCGCCAUUCUUUCACCGGAGAUCGUAUACUUACCUCUGGACGGCCUGGCCAUACUCACCGUUGUUUCGAAAUGGAUGGGCCCAAUUUCCAAUUGGCGAGAACAUUUCACUGAGGCAGGUAAUCGUGGUUAUACCAUGUUGCAUUGGACACCGCUACAGGAACGGGGCUCAAGCGACAGCCCAUACUCCAUCAAGGACCAGAAACAUUAUGAUCCCUCAAUCUUUAUGGGCAGUGUUGAUCCAGGUACUAUCGAUGCUCGGGUUAAGGAGAUUUUACGCGUGGCGAAAGAGGAAUACGGUCUACUAAAUUUGACUGAUGUCGUGUUAAAUCACACUGCUAGCGACAGCCCCUGGCUUGUCGAUCACCCAGAGGCUGGCCACAGUCCCGCAAAUACCCCUAAUCUAACUCCUGCUUUCGAACUCGAUAACCGCGAUCCUGGAAUUUUCUUCGUUCGAUCUGAGGCAGACAUUGACGUGCUCAUGACUAGCCUGGCCGAAUCUAUCAAGGCCCGUAACAUGUGGCAGUACUAUGUCCUAGAUAUUGAGCGGGAGAAAGAAGUGGUGAAAGGUGCAAUAAAGAGAGGGAAAUUUGUACCUUGGAGCGGCCCCGACGUUGCUGGAAAAUCUAUUGUUGCACUGGCCGAAAAUUGUCUCAACGAACUGGGUUCGCGCUAUGGCGCUCGCUCAGACGGCGAGAUGGCAGCAGGACUCCUCAAAGCAGCGUCCGUAAACAUUGUGAACGAUGACGAUACCCUGGUGGAAAUUUGGGGUCGCGUGGUUGACGUCAUCAAUGUACCCCUCUACGAGGAGUGGGAAAAGGACGCGAAGAUUGCCCUAGAUCAUGUAAAGGAUCGCCUCAAGUAUAUCCGGCUGGAGGAGAAUGGCCCAAAGCUUGGUGAGAUUUCAGCGAGCUGUCCUCUUAAUUUUGCCCUCCCACCGUCAAAAGCUUACCUCCGACGCGAGGUCAGUGUAUGGAGCGAUUGCGUGAAGCUUCGAUACGGGUCGGGGCCGGCUGAUAAUCCAUGGCUUUGGGAACAUAUGACAUCCUACGUAAGGAUGCUUGCAGCCACGUUCGAUGGUUUCCGUAUCGAUAAUUGUCACUCAACACCGGCCCAUGUCGGUGUUGCAAUGCUCGAUGCGGCUCGUACCGUCAAUCCAGAUCUUUACGUCUGUGCUGAGCUCUUUACGGGAAGCGAGGAGAUGGAUCUACUAUUUGUGCAGAGGUUGGGCAUCAAUAGUCUUGUUAGGGAAGCAGGUAACGCCUGGGAUCCAAAGGAGUUCUCAAGAGUCAUGUAUAGAUUCGGGGCUUGUAAAACCGCUUGCGCAGGCUUGACAAACAUAGAAGAACUUGACCCUCCCUUCGGAAAAGGUCCAACGCGUCCGUGCAUCGUUAGCCCUUUGAAUGGCUCCGUGCCUCAUGCACUCAUGUACGAUCUCACGCAUGACAACGAGUCUUAUCUCGACAAGCGUUCUGCCGAGCAUGCACUGUCCGUUGCUGGUAUUGUAACAUUUGGUUACUGUGCGGUUGCUUCAGUGAAAGGUUUUGACGAUCUGUAUCCGAAGCUAUUGAAUCUUGUCGAAGAAAAGCGGCAAUAUGAGCUGACCCAACUUGGCGAAAAUUCGGGCAUUGCAAGGGCAAAGAGAUUGCUGAAUGGUUUGCAUCGGGAAAUGGUUCUUGUUAUCAAGUACAUCCUCGUUCAGCGGAUGCAUCCGACCACCCAGAAGGGUUAUCUACUCAUUGCCCAUACUGCGUUCUCAAAGGGCUCAAAAGACCGUGGCAUAGUGAACACUAUAGAGUUGUCUCGUACCAGAGCUCGAUUCGUAUAUGGCGCUUCUGUCGAGUUUUCAUCAUACGAAACGCCAUGUGAUUCCAACACAAUCCGAGGGCUUCCCGGGAAGCUGGUUGAAAUUCCCGAUGUUGUCGUCCCACAGAUACCGCAUGAUGUUGCGCCGUUCUGCAGGACACAUAUUCUCAUUUUUGAAGUCGAGGUUCAGAAUCUGGACGAGGAGCUGGACACCUUCUGUGCCUCGGAUGCAGACAAAGCCUUUGGCAACCUGGACCUUGUUGAUUUGAACGUUGUAUUAUAUCGCGCUGACGGUGAAGAAAGGGAUGCGACCAGUGGCGUGAUUGCUGACUAUUGUGGGUUGGAGGGAUGGAUGCAUCCUCUUCGGCACAUCAUGAAGUCCAAUGAUCUUGGGCAUCCACUUUGCGAAAAUUUCAGGCAAGGACUUUGGGCACUCGACUAUAUCUAUUCAAGGCUGCAAAAGCAAACAAUUCAAUUCCCGAAACUUCGGACAGAGCGCAUCAAGGCCUCUGUUCCUUCUUAUUUGCGUCCAAAGUACUUCGCCAUCCUGAUAUCUACUGCAUACAAAGCCGCUCGCCAUGCAGCGAUCGAACAAUGCUCUGAGUUCGUAUAUACAGGGCAUGAUUUCACACAGAAUCUCGCAAUGUGCGCCAUUCAGAUGCAUGGAAGGGUACAGUCCGCAUCCCUUGAUCCGGCCAAAUCUACUCCAUCACUGGCAGCAGGACUGCCACAUUUCGGCACAGGAUGGGCACGUUGUUGGGGCCCGCGACGUCUUCAUCUCUUUAAGGGGUCGUACAAUUCGAGGGAUUCACCAUGGUGGAUGUACAAAAUAUUCAAGAUUAUGUGGCCAGCGCAACCUGAUGGUCUGUCGAUCUUGUCGGAGCCGGUGAAGCGUAGAUUCCCUGUAGAUGAUACCUGGGUCGCAUGGGACGAUCCGCGCGCGUACACAUACACGAGCACUCUUGCGGAGAUCAUCCAAGAAAUACUUCAGCGCCACGCAAGUGGAAUCGCAUUCCGCGAGUAUAACGCUGGCCCCAACCUUGACAUGCAGAUGAAGGAUGAAGGAUUCAACAUAAACAUUCGAGUCGACUGGGAAACAGGGUUUAUUUUCGGGGGGAACCAGCAUAAUUGUGGGACUUGGAUGGAUAAGAUGGGAGAAUCUGAGAAGGCAGGCACAAAGGGGGUUCCUGGAACACCGAGAGACGGCGCGCCUGUCGAGAUCACCGGUUUGCUGAAGAUCAAUGGGCAGAGUACUUUUGUUACCUACAAGGCCUGGGGUGACCUCAUACAGCAGUCCUUCGAAAGAUGCUACUAUGUUCCCCUGAACGCCGGCGAUGACUCACGCUAUGAUGUGGAUCCUGCUAUCAUCAAUAGAAGGGGCAUCUACAAGGAUGUAUAUGGUUCUGGCCCAGGUCGAGAAUGGUCUGAUUACCAAUUCAGACCAAAUUUCCCGAUCGCUAUGACCGUAGCGCCAGAACUGUUCCAUGCUCAGCAUGCUCUGCAAGCACUCCGUCUCGCCGACCAGGUUUUACGAAGUUCACUUGGCAUGAAAACCUUGGACGCAAGUGACAUGCAAUAUCGGCCUCAAUAUGACAACUCUAAUGACACUACGGACCGGUGUGUUGCAAAGGGACUGAACUAUCAUAAUGGCCCUGAAUGGGGUUGGCCGCUUGGAUAUUUCCUCCGCGCUUACCUCUACUUCGACACACGAUUUGGUGCAGGCAAAGAGGAUACAACUCAGACCCUUCACUAUCUCCACAAAAUUCUGCUCACCCCUAAGCAUCAUAUCCAGACUGACCCUUGGGCUGGCAUCCCUGAGCUGACAAAUAAGGAUGGUCAAUAUUGUGCCGACUCGUGUAAUACCCAAGCCUGGAGCGCCAGCACGUUGUUAGACUUUUUGGAAGAAGUUCAUAGAAUGGAGUCAUGUAAGUGACCACGAGAAGACGUUUGUGACAAAUGUAGAAAAUAUUUGUAGUUGAAAAGAAGUGUCAAUCAAACUUUACAUCGUCAUAUCUGAGAAGCGUUAGAGAAGCACACAAA